AUCUUGUUUUCUGGGAGCUAGAUCUAACCAGCUGCUUUUUCUCCUCAGGAGUGUCGCUUGAUUUUCUCUGAGACAAGCCCACCUGUCCAGCAAAAUAGAGUCCCUCAGGGUGACGGUUGACUUCUUGAAGGUGCCUCUUGGCCUGAAGAAGCCGGUGCUGAAGGAGGUGGCUGUGGGGCCCCCCAAGAGGCCCCAGCCCGCGGCCCUGGAGCGCUACAAGGCGCGGCGUUCAGACGCCAUGGACACCGAGUCCCAGUACUCGGGCUAUUCCUAUAAGUCAGGGCACUCCCGCAGUUCCCGCAAGCACAGGGACCGCCGGGACCGACACCGCUCUAAGAGCCGGGAUGGGAGCCGUGGGGACAAGUCAGUGACAAUCCAGGCUCCAGGGGAGCCCCUGCUGGACAAUGAGUCCACGCGAGGGGAUGAGCGGGAUGACAACUGGGGGGAGACAACAACAGUCGUAACGGGCACAUCAGAGCACAGCAUUUCCCAUGAUGACCUCACGCGCAUCACCAAGGACAUGGAGGACAGUGUCCCACUGGACUGCUCCCGGCACCUGGGAGUGGCGGCGGGGGCCACGCUGGCGCUGCUGUCUUUCCUCACGCCCUUGGCGUUCCUGCUGCUGCCCCCACUGCUGUGGCGGGAGGAGCUGGAGCCAUGCGGGACGGCCUGUGAGGGCCUCUUCAUCUCCGUGGCCUUCAAGCUGCUCAUCCUGCUGCUGGGCAGCUGGGCCCUGUUCUUCCGGCGGCCGAAGGCCUCGCUGCCCCGUGUCUUCGUGCUGCGCGCCCUGCUCAUGGUACUUGUCUUUCUGCUCGUCGUCUCCUACUGGCUCUUCUACGGUGUGCGCAUCCUGGACGCCCGGGAACGCAGCUACCAGGGCGUGGUGCAGUUUGCUGUAUCGCUAGUGGAUGCCCUGCUCUUCGUGCACUACCUGGCUGUGGUCCUGCUCGAGCUGCGCCAGCUCCAGCCUCAGUUCACACUCAAGGUGGUGCGCUCCACGGACGGGGCCAGCCGCUUCUACAAUGUCGGCCACCUCAGCAUCCAGCGCGUGGCAGUGUGGAUCCUGGAGAAGUAUUACCAUGACUUCCCUGUCUACAACCCUGCCCUCCUCAACCUGCCCAAGUCCGUCCUGGCCAAGAAAGUGUCUGGCUUCAAGGUGUACUCCCUCGGAGAGGAAAACAGCACCAACAACUCCACGGGCCAGUCUCGAGCUGUGAUUGCAGCAGCUGCCCGAAGGCGGGACAACAGCCACAACGAGUACUACUAUGAAGAGGCUGAGCAUGAGCGGAGGGUGCGCAAGCGCAGGGCCAGGCUUGUGGUGGCGGUGGAGGAGGCCUUCACUCACAUUAAGCGGCUGCAGGAAGAGGAGCAGAAGAACCCCAGGGAGGUGAUGGACCCCCGGGAGGCAGCCCAGGCUAUCUUCGCGUCCAUGGCCCGAGCCAUGCAGAAGUACCUCCGGACCACCAAGCAGCAGCCUUACCACACCAUGGAGAGCAUCCUGCAGCACCUUGAGUUCUGCAUCACGCACGACAUGACGCCCAAGGCCUUUCUGGAGCGGUAUCUGGCGGCCGGUCCCACCAUCCAGUACCACAAGGAACGCUGGCUGGCCAAACAGUGGACACUGGUAAGCGAGGAGCCGGUGACCAAUGGGCUCAAGGAUGGUAUCGUCUUCCUCUUAAAGCGCCAGGACUUCAGCCUGGUGGUCAGCACCAAGAAGGUCCCGUUCUUCAAACUCUCCGAGGAAUUUGUGGAUCCCAAGUCACACAAGUUUGUCAUGAGGCUGCAGUCUGAGACCUCCGUGUGACUGUGCAACAAGAGGGGAAGUGGGAGACUCUGGGGGGCUCCUGAGGGUGGCAGGAGGGCCUCGUUCUCAGGCCCGGCCACAUUCCUGCCGCCUUUCUUCCUCUUGCUCUUGUUUUUUUACUUGAAUUAACUUACCCAGACCCUGUUCCUUGCUUUACCCCGUGUGAACCCUGAGAGACCAUCCUGCUGCCAACAGUACCUGGGAAGUCCCUCCUCCUUUUUUUUCCUUCACUUUUGUAUCCCUCCAGGCCUGCAGGAAUCAGUGCCUCUCCCUUCCUUCCCCUACCUCUGCCCCAUGAUAGUCUCUUCUGAAAGGGCAGGGCCCUCCCGAUUGUACCUUCUCCCUCCUGAGACCCCACUCACAAACCCAGGCUCUUGUAGCAGUUCUUUCCAGUAGCCCCUGCAAGUUUUUCUCUGGGGGGCAAGGACAGAAUUCCAGAGAACCAUGGUGCCAAACCCCUCCAGGGCAUACUCCAGAGGGAGGUGAAACCAUUCCUCCUGCCCACCAUCCCAAACCAUCUUGGGGCAAGGAUGCUCCUGGGUCCUCCCAUGUUGCUCCAGAGUUAGGAUUCUCCCUGCUGAGGUUGUUUGCUUCUAGCUCUUAGAGCUUCCUUCCCCCAUCCACUUCUACUUAGAGCAAGGAAAGAGCCUCCCUUUACUCUCAGAUCUCCACUUUCCUUUUCUGACUUGUUUGGUCAUAUGUGACCGUAGGCAAACUGAGGCAGAAACCCUCUGACCACUUUUCUGGGCCUUGGGGGAAGGUACCUUUCUUCUAAUUGUCUUUCCUAGAUAGCACCUGAGGGGAAGGGCAGGAUAGAGCCCUGGGGUCCGAGAGGGACCCUGUGGAUGUCACUGACCCUUGCCUUGUGAACUUACCUUCAUCCUUCCCAUUGAAGGGUGACCUGCAGAUUCCAGUACAGACUUAGUGGUACGCGGAUCCUGACUCAACCACGGUGGUCUUAGACAAACGAUUUCCUUUCCCUCACCAGGUGCCCCAGUCCCGCUGUCUCCUCUCAGCUCCAGAGACCGUGGCCUCACCUCUUUGUGGGGGAGGAGCCAGUAGCCUUAAGUCCAAUUCUUUGCCUCAGGGCUUGCCUUUCCUUGGCCGUCCAGGGUCCCCUUCUCUCUCUCCCUGCCUGGUUCUCUGGGCUCUGGCCUUCCUCUGUAUCUGGGUGAGGGACGAGCAUUGCUGCCUUUUGUGAACACUCAGCCCCUCCCCCCAUUAAGCUUCCAUCCUUUCUGUGCCAAAUCCACUUUCUCAAUAGUUCAGGGCUCAUUUUGAGGAACACUCUUUGGCCCUCAAAUACAUAUUACCAGUGUAAAUAUGAGCUCAGACACCUUUAAACUAGGUGGUUUUAGCCAAGGGGCAUAGAACUAGGGAGCACCCAUCUCCAUCUAGUCAGGAUCCAUGUGGAGGACCAGUUCUGAUGGCUGGGAUGGAGCAUGUACCCGAGCCAAACAACAGCAACAAAGAAACCGAGCCCCCUGCUGUCAAGUCCAUUCCAACUUAUGGUGACCCCAUGUGUUACAUGGUAGAGCUUCUCCAUAGGGUUUUCUUGGCUAUAAUCUUUACAGAAGCAGACAUCCAGGCCAAUUGUUUCAACACCCACAACACCCUUGAUAGGCCCUCCUCUCCCCUGGAGAACUCACUGGUACUUGCCUUGCAGAGUGUACCCUGGGGUGAGAUUCCCACUGACUCCUCCCCAGGGAGACCUCUUCUCUGUGGUUGGCAGCCCUGGGGGAUGAUGGAGCCCAGGGCUGAUCCGGGUUUCUCCUGCUACCCUUUCUGAAAAGGUAUAUCCAUCCCCUCUACCACUUAGAGAGGGUCCUUCAGCCACUGCUUGCCAUGUCCCUGUGGGGUGGGCUACAGGGCUGGGUUAGGCAGGGUCUCCUGAUCAGCCUUGGACUGGGGCUGUGGGUCUUUAGGGAGGCCUGUGUGAAAUAUGUCCUGUCCUGGGGCUUCUGGGAAGGUAUUUUUUCUUCUCUUCGAAAACGUGGUUUCAGAGGAGGCCCCCUGGGUUACAUUUCUAAAUACCUCACUAUCCUGGAAAAUGGGGCAUGGAUGGUGAUUGGGGUCACUGCCUUUUGUGGGCAGGAGUGGGACGUGGUGUGGUUUGAGGAGCGGGUUGGGGUAGGGAGAGGGAAUGUGUUUGGGGUCUUAGCGGCUGCCCUAGGUUAGGGGCGGGGGAGUGUUAAUUUUAAGAAUCUGCCAUCUUUUUAAUCACUGUGAUUUUUUCAUUCCUUUAUCCUAUAACAAAAAGAAAUUGUUUCCCCCAGCGAUCUCUCCAAGCACUAAGGGCUGUGACUGAGAAUGGUAGCGUUUUGGUCCUUUGUGUCAGAACUGUGGUAUCUUUGUCUCUUAUUAUUAUUAUUAUUUGUUAAAGCGUCAGGAUGAACUGUCGUGUGUAUGGAUGUGUGUUUGUCUUUCACUUCUCUUACACGGGAAGCUGUCUUCAUGAUGUGAACUACUGUGGGCAGGCAGCAGACUCAGGCCCUCUGAGCAGAGUUUCCCACUUUGCCUGUCCCACUGCUUGCUGGAUUGCCUCCUUCUUCCACCGGGGUGUCCACUGGUGUGUCCACCUGUUACAGCCCCUUCCCCAUAUUGCCGUAGGGGAUGCUGUGGCUGGGCCUCUGUUUUCUAUGACUACAUGGCCUCCUAGUUCAUCCCACCCUACCUGUUUAGGCCUUCUUUCCCAUGACCUUGGCACAUCUGGCCCCCUCCCCUCCACACCAGGACACCGUGCCUCAGUCCUUCACCUACCUCGCCCCUCUGCCGCUGCCUCCACUGGUCCCGGUCUCCUAUGCUAGCCUUUUGUGCUCUCUCUACUUAUUCUUGUAUAUUUCCAUCUGUCAUCUUUCAUUUUUUCCUUCCUGCCCUCCUUCAUUUCAGCCCUUCAUUGCUCACUUCCCGACCCCUCCCUUCAGUAUUCCUGCUGCAGACCUUGAUAGAGCACCUGGGACUAGACAUUGGGAGCCCUGGGUCCUUCUCACCUGAGACAUCUGUUUCCCAGGGUUUCUGCUUCUCUCCUUCUCUGUUGGGCCCAGAUGAGCUCCCUUGCCCCUCCGUGGUGUCUGUCAGUCUGUCUGUCUUCUUCUUCUGCCCUCCCCAUGGGGGCCAGUAUCUGCUGAUGGAUUCAGUCCUGGUGUGUGAUUGUUGUGACUCGUCCUGCCCUGUGUGAAAGGAACGGGUUUGUUUGUUUUUUUUUUGAAGGCCCCUCCAAGUGAGAUUGUAAAUGUAGAAUUUUCCACGGUUGGAUCUACCCACCACCUUGGAUCUAGAUUUUGUUUUUCUUUUUUUUGGGUUACAGAGCUGAGACCUUGUGCAUGCAUGUAGAAAACUGUAAAAUGUAAAAAAAAAAAAAAGUUUUUUUUUUUUUUUAAUAUAUAAAAAGCUUGUUUUUACAGUUUGCAGUGGAUCUAAACAUUAUGGCAAAUUUAGGUUUUUUUUUUUUCUUAAUCAUAGGAACUAAAACUGUACAAAAUUUUUUUUUAUAUAUAAAAUAAAGACAUUUGACUUUUGUGGGGGCAUUCUGUUGCUUUGGUUUUGUUACAGGUUGUGGGAGCAAAGACGGGCCUCAGUGGAAAUAGAAAGGGAAGAGGGAAUAUAUGCUGUUUGUUCAGGGAGUAGAUGGGCCAGCAGGGGGCAGUGUAAGUUUGUCAUUGUUCCUCAGGAUGUGUUGGAGGGAAGUGGGAGAAUAUAAACGGAAACUGCUUAUUCUGAACCCUGAUUCUGAGGAGAGAGAAAGGUAGGAAGGAGAGGAUUUAGCUGUUCCCUGGAGUAGUUGUAAGGAUAAAGAAGAAGGAAAAAUUACUUCUGGGUAGAUCUCUGGAGCAAUCUGUAUGGCUUGUGUGUGGCCCUGGUGGCAUAGUGCCUAAGAGCUACGGCUGCUAACCAAAGGGCUGGCAGUUCAAAUCCACCAGGUGCUCCUUGGAAACCUUAUGGGGCAGUUUUACUCUGUCCUAUAGGGUCGCUAUGAGUUGUAAUCGACUCAAUGGCAAUGGGUUUUUUUUGUGUGUAUAUAGCUCCAAGGUGAGGGGUGGGAGUCGGGCCUCUAGGACCGAAGACACCGUAGCAAUUUCAGAGAAGCAGUUGCUUCCCAGGGGGUAGUUGAUGGUUUCAGUCAUCAACUGAAAGGCAGGGCAGACACGGAUCACCCAGGUGCUUAUAACAUAUUUCAUCAAGAAAAAUUCCUGAAGCAUGUCUCUUUUCUAAAUAUGUAUACCAUUAUCUCUCUCACCCUUUAGGCACUACACAAAAGAAUAUUUUAGCGAAAACUAUUUAAAAUGAAAAUGUUUCACUGGCACUGUGGUGUUGGUAAUGGAACAUCAAGCCCUUUUCCCAGCUCUGUCCAGACUUGACCUUUUCUCCAUGACCUUGGGCAAAAUAGCAUGUAAACAGUCUUCUAAGAUU